AGUGACACGCGCAAUCUUCACUAAAAAAAAAAAUUUAAAGAAAAAGAGACGUGCAAUCCCAACGGCGCACGUACCAAUACCCACACCUAUAUAUUUGGUAAUUGCUUGUGUUGACUGCUUAGUCUUUACCUUUGGUCAGGACGAUUGCUCUGUAAGUGCUACUAAAAGUAAAACUACUGCGGAGACAUGGGGAAAAGGAAGUCAAGGGCAAAGCCACCUCCGAAGAAGAGGAUGGACAAGCUUGAUACUGUGUUCAGCUGUCCAUUCUGCAAUCAUGGAAGCAGUGUUGAGUGUCGCAUUGAUAUGAAAAAUUCGAUUGGGGAAGCCAUUUGCCAUAUUUGUCAAGAGAGUUUCAGCACGACCAUCACUGCUUUGUCUGAACCCAUUGACGUAUAUAGUGAGUGGAUCGAUGAAUGUGAGCGAGUCAACAACCUUGAAGAUGAUGCUGCAUAGUGAACCCACCGAAAUGUUCCAUCUGUGACUUCAAUGGGUGGUAUAUGGUAGAGCUGUUCUCAAUCAUGUUUGCUCUAUCUGACUAGAUAGAUGUGGAUUGUGAAGUGAGAACGAUGAUAGUAUGUUUCAUAAGGCAUGCCGCAUAUACUUCGGCGUAUAGUAGGUGGUAGGGUAUGCUUGUUAAAGUUGGGAUUGUGAAGACACUGCCCAUGUGUAUAUCCAUCUUCCUAUGCGGAGAAACCCUACUCAGGUGGGAUAGACAAACGUAUCAUGUACGACCACUGUACUGAAGCCAAGUAUGUGUUUGCAUAAUAGCUUCUAUUUCUCCUUUUUAAAGUUUAUACAUGUGAUAAUGUUUUGAGCA